AUGGCCCCAGUAUUUCGCCAAGAGCUGUUGGACCGAUAUGAGGACUCGGAAGUCGCGCUGCAAAUUGUAUCGUCACCAUCAUGUGCGUCCUCUUCCCGGGUAUUCAGCCUGUCCCCGAAUCUCCUCGCCAAGCAAUAUGACCCUUUGGAGCUGGAAGAUAGUCUAAAGGCUUCGGCAGUCGCUAGCCAGCUCGGAAUCCGCGUUCCUCUCGUACGGAGAGUAGUGCAGAACGAAAAGAACGCGUAUACCAUCAUGGGUCGGCUCGAGGGAACCACGUUGGACGUCAGCUGGAAGGAACUAGGCUGGUUCACGACAGUCAAGCUUGCUCUGCAGCUCCGUCGCUUCGUGAAACUCCUUAGAUCGGUCACCUCAACGACCGCUGGGUCGCUUGCAGCGGGCGAGUGCAGAUCUUUCUGGCUGGAAGAUCGCUACGGUCUGCCGGCGAAUUCUGGCCCAGGCGAAAUCACCCACUUCUUCCACUUCUGGGCCAACUUCACAUCCAUGAGGCGAGCGAUGCAAGAAUCGAAACAGCCUCGGGUGCUAAACUCACCAGAGCCAACCACCGAGGUGCAACUCACCGUCGAGCCAUUCGUCUUGACGCACCAUGACCUGACGCUGCGCAACCUGUUGAUCUCGCCCUCCGGUCAGCUUACGGUCCUAGACUGGGAUUUGGCUGGCUUUUACCCAAUCCCGUUCGAGUACGCAUCCAUGUACAAUUUAAACAUCCCCGCAGACUGGGGUCUGUUGGCCCGUUGGCGGUGGAAUCUGUUUGCCUGGAUUGGAAUUGGCUACUACGAGGCUGACGCCCGUCUGCUGCGGAGCAUGCGCUCUAAAUUUACACGAUUCGCCAUCGGGAGAAGAUACGAACUGUUGGCGCACGGAGGACCCUCGAGAUACCCUGUAACCUGA